GGCUUUUAAACUGACUCUACUCAAAGAAAGCCCAGAGAGGAAUUGCAAUAUAGAAUUGGACGCAAAAGUACCACUCCAGAUUCAAAAACACGUUUUGAAGUGAGACGUGCAUUAUAUCUUGCAUACAGUAUUGUAAUAUGGCUAGCACUUCGUGGACUGCGUUUUGUUUUUCAAUGCUUUGCUUUUUUGAUGCCACCGCUGCCCGUAGAUCAGCUGCUGAGGACGGCGAAGUUCUGGAGAAAGUAAGCAGCGCCAGAUGCACCUCCCGCUGCCUAACCCUGCACAUCACACAGCUCAGCGCUUCUUUCAAAAAUCUACAGAAUGAUGAGAUUCUGGAAUGGUGUGAAAAUCACAGACGAUGCUCACAGUGCUUACAACCAUGCAAAGAAAUGUGGGAAACCAGGAGAACUCUGUCCAACAAAACAUGCGAGAAGCACCAUGAAUGUGUGACAAGCUCGGAGUUCCUGAAGUCUAUCUUGAAUCUGAAGCAGGGGGACUGCCCGCCGCCUCAGAAGGCCUCCGGGUUCGCGGCAGCCUGUGUGUUGAGCUGUAGUGCCGACCGCGAGUGCCCUGGCUCCAAGAAGUGCUGUUCCAAUGGCUGCGGGUACACCUGCCAAACCCCAGCCAACCUGUUCAAAGGCGUCCCAUUAAAACCCAGGAAAGACUUGGCCUUCCUCGAAGAUGAGAGUGGGGUUGUGGAAGUUUCCUGGAUGUCAAAGUUCAACGUUUCUGUUGAACCCGUGUUUUAUGUCCUGCAGAAAAGAUGGAAUUACGGCAUACACCCCAGUGAAGAUGAGUCGACAGAAUGGCAAACAACAGCUAUGACAACAGAGGAUCACAGUCACCUGAAAGACAUAAGGCCAAACAGAUGGUACCAGUUCCGAGUUGCUGCAAUCAACGCUCAGGGCACACGCGGCUUUACAACCCCGAGCAAGCAUUUCCAUUCCUCUAGAGAUCCUGUGCCACCAGAUAUGCCAAAGAACGUAAGAAAUGUAAACUUCACAGUCCGACCUGACGGCACUGUAAACGUGAUGGUCUCCUGGGAUCCUCCUCAGGAUGAGGACCUGUCUGUCCACCACUACAAAGUCUCCUGGAGUCAAAGAGUACCGAAAAAACACAUGCUGCUGACCAAAAGAGAAAGCUCAAAACUAACUGGAGGAAAUGCAUCUGAAAUACUCAUUGAACAGCUCCAGCCCAACAUGGAUUACCUGAUACAGGUACAAGCGAUAACGUACUGGGGACAGAAGCGCUUGAAGAGUGUCAAAUCGCAGCUCGUCCUCACUACAACUCACACAGACGCCAACUCUCUCCAUGCUAGCUCAACUGGGGAAGUGUCUAAUGAAUUGCCAAGUACUCAUGUCGUACCGAGCAUCAGGAGACUGGAAGCUGCAGCUCCACACUAUCACAACAACCAGCUACAAGUGAAGGUCUUCUGGAAGAAGGCCCAGGAAGAAACACUUAAAGAACCAUACCUGCUGACCUGGUCCCCAGUCGUCUGCUCGAGAAAUAACACAAAAACAGAAGAAAAGGCAAAUACACUGGGCACACACUUUGUUAUCACUGGCCUCGCAUUUGCCUGCAAGUACAAAGUGACAGUGCAGCCGAUCUCUGUGAUGGGCCGAGGAGCAGAGGCUGUGACCUAUGUCACCACCCCGCAGUGCAGUUCAGUGAAGAGCAAGGGGGCUAAAGCUCUAUCCUGCUUAAGAGACGAGCGCCAUCUUCUGGCCAAAAAAGUAAUGCGUAGACCAGAAAAACUGACAGCUGCCUUCAAGACUGUAAAUGGGUCGAUCCUUGGAGAGUUUCAUUGGCAGGUGUUUCAGAACCAUCCCUUACAAAAGUCUGUGACUGGUUACCAGUUCAGCUGGACACAGCUCUCCAGAACCAGCAGAACCAGUGCAUCACCGGACACAGUCAUCUCCCGAACCCAGAUACUGUCACCUGACCAGCCUUUCUUCAUAGUUGAACAUCUUCAACCAGUGACACUCUACAGAGUCCACGUUCACGUGCUUUCACUGGUUGGUAAUGGACCAGCAACUGUCAAGACUUUCCAGACCCCGCAGCUGAACAGCACAGCCCAAUGAGUAUUUUUUAGGGUGCCUUUCCCCAAACAUCUGAAUGAACAUUUCUGAACCUCCAUGGGAACCUGUCACUGUAUUGAACUAAAGCUUCUUUUUAGAUACUGAUAUUAAACUGACGUUGAUGAUUACUGACAUAUAUACUGUAACAGGGCCAUUCCAUGAAAACUGUGUGUUUGUUACACAGAGAAAUAAAUCAAUAUUUUAUCAACAAAAAGCACCAGGGUUGCCAGUAGUCAGAUAUUGAUGAUUCAAAUGGAAUGGCCCAAAAUGAAAAAAUUAUAAUGUAGCCAAAAAAAGCCUUACGGGGUCUAGAUACAUUUUAUAUUAAAAAUGAUGUUGUAUUAGCACUGAGGAAUUAAUACUUUUAUAUUUUAGUCUUGCCAAAAAAAAAAGAAAGAAAUACAGUACUUGCUUAAGAAGGUUACACAAAUUAUCUUUAUUGUUCCACAAGAUUGUACCUUAUUGCGACAAAAGAAUACUUUAUAUAUUUAAAUCUCUAUGGUGUACCUUACACUAUCCUUUUCCUCAUGGAAAUGUAUUAGAUCGGCCAUAACAAUUAUAGAACACAUAUGGGUUUUAUUAUUAUUUCAAACAUACCCCCACUGGCUUUUAACACGACAGUAUCAAAGAUAGUUGCUCCCUUUAAUGGACUUACCAUGGAGUUUACCAGGAAGUGUAAUUCAGAAGAAAGUAGCAAACCUCUUUCUAUUAAAUUUAUCAUAAUGGUUCAGAAUCUAAACACAGUUGUCAUUUAAAUCAUUCAAGAGUGUGUGAUUCGCUUAAGUGUAUUUUAGUGUUCUGAAGUAAAAAUGAGAGGAUUGGAAAUAUUUGAAUAUUUAAAUGGUGGGGGUAUUUCGAUCUGUCAUUAAAACGACUUCCAAUGGUUCAGGAUAAAGUUCAGUUGAAGUCUUUCUCUUUAAGACCAUACUGAGAAAAGCCUCUAUGCUACUUUAAAUUGUCUUACUGCAUUUUGUCUAAUUGAGUGCAUUUUGCUGUGAAAAAGGAUCCCACUAACCAUCUGCAUGUUCUGUAAAUACAAACAGUGUUAUCUACAACAUGAAUCUUCACA